CCCAAAGUUUCCUAAAUCGGGAUUAUCAAUAUCUUCUGUACGACAUGUUCUCGUUUCCUUAUUUUGCGCUAGAGACGGAAGUUUUCAAUUUAAAUUAAAAGUCCCUGGUCUUGUGAUUGCGAAAUUCUACUCUUUAAACUCGAGUGAGAUCGUGAUGGUUUUCCUGAGGGGACUCGCCAUGAGGGUAUUAACCCUCCUCGGACAAUUCCUGCAGCAAGGCUUCGCACAGUCUCCACCGCAUCUACAGGAAGGAAACUGCCACGUGAAAGACAGGGAACUCCUAUGCCGAAACGUGACGCAUCUGCCGAAGCCACUUCCGGAGGGCAUUCGAUACAUCCACGUGGUGGAUUCCAAUAUUGAUCGCCUCGGGGAGAAACACUUGGAAUCAAUCUCAGUUGAAACUGUGAAGUUCGAGCGGAAUGUGAUCGGGGAGCUGAGUGACGGAGCGUUUCGACUCCUCCCAGGUCUCGUGAAUCUUCACCUGUCUGAGAAUCUCAUCCUUGUUAAUCCGACAUGGUGCACGUUUCUUGGCCUCGAAAACCUCACCAAACUCCAUCUGGAGGGCAAUCAAAUCAGCAUGGAUUCCUAUUUCAACUUCUUCAAAUUCGAUAAAGGAACCACUGCGGGGUGGAAAUUAGGAGAUCUCUGUCAGUGUCAAGUGACUUUCGAAAAAGACUAUAUGUCGGAUUUUUCUCCCUGUGAAGAGCUGACGGUCCUGCCUAAAUUGAAUGUUCUAAUACUUAGCCGCAAUCCCAUCGGAAUCCUACCUGGUGACAUAUUUUUGCCUCUUCGGCUAAGUCCAGUCUCGGUUCUGCACCUAGAAAAGUGUCAGCUGUUAUACGUCGAUGAAGGCACAUUUGCCCCUUUGCAGCGCCUACAAAAAUUAAGUUUGAAGAAUAACAUAGAAUUAGGGAUGAAGUACCUGGCCCGAGCAACGGCUAACAUCAACUGUCAUCACAAUAUAUCUCUUGAUUUGUCCCUGAAUGACCUGAAAGAGGUGCCGUCGGACGUGCUGGUACCAUUGAAUUCUACAUUAACACAGCUCAAUCUGAAGGGGUGCAACUUGGAAACAAUCCAUAAAGGAUCGUUCCCUCAACUACCAGUCUUGGAAAUUCUCGACCUCGCAAUGUGUCGUAUAAGAGAGAUCGAAGUCGGCUCCUUCGAUGCCCUUCCCAAACUCACCCAUCUUGACCUCUCUCAAAAUCGACUCACAGAGGUAUCGAAGUCGGUGAUGCUGUCCACUCUCAUCUCCCUGACACUGGACAAUAAUCCGUCCUAUGAAUUGAUCGAGACCUGGCACGGAUCCCAUGGUAGCUACGACGGCUACGACGACGGCUUUGAAAUUCCGCCUUUUGAGAACAUGGACAGCCUAAGAGCUCUCUCCCUAGCGCGGAGCACCAUCAAAGCGCACAUCGCCACGACUACGUUCAUGGGUCUGCAGACGCUGAGACGACUGGAGCUUUCUGGAUGUGGUCUAAAAUCGAUCGAGGCUGGAUCUUUCUCCACCCUUGUAUCGCUGGAAUAUCUUGGCCUAUCCAAAAAUCAUUUGAAAAUUGAAAGCGACGGGAUAUUCUUGGGUCUGAACUCACUCGUCUCCCUCUUUCUUCACGACAACGAUCUCAGCUUCACAGGAGCCACGUCGCCCUUCACAAAUAUGAGCAAUCUCAUCGUUCUUGUAUUGACUGAGAACCUCAUCACGCAUUUGAACGAAAACCUAUUGGUGGGGCUGGAGAGCUUGAGGAUUCUCAUACUGACGGACAACUAUAUCCAAGCUUGGAAUUCGCCGGUUCUCGGAGCCACGAGGAGUCUGGAUACCUUGUGGCUCGAUCGGAAUAAAUUGAUGCGAGUCACCAAGGCUAUGCUGAAAGACUUUGAAAAUUUAGCAAAACUGGAUCUCUCGAGAAACCCGUUCAAGUGCAACUGCGAACUCCAUGAUUUCUAUAGGUGGGCCUUGGAAAACGAAGAAAAACUUCAACACUGGCACAAUGAAGAGGCUUACACCUGUUGGGAAACGGACAACACCUAUUAUUCUCUAUUGCUCGACGGAGAAGAGAUCUUCCGGAACUGCGAGACCGGCGUCAUGGCACUCGACCAGGGGCCGUCUCUCCUUGCACGCUUCGUGAUGGCCAUCGGUUUUUCCGUCCUUGUCGUCCUCGUUUCCAUCGUCGGAUACUUUUCUUAUCGGAGGGGGUGGUGCCAAAUAUUUCUACCUCCAAACUGGGGAUAAAAGGGUUUGUGCGGCUAUAGUGAUUCCAGAACGAUCCCUACGCACAAUUUCACAAAAGAGAAAACACUUACUGUUGCUUAAAAUACUAUCUCCUUUGGAACCCUCUAAUUGCUUCAAUUCGUCAAUAUCUACGUAUAUUCCUAUCUCCUGCCAACAUAUUUUUCUAUUCAGCCAAAAAACAGUAUAAAGAACUCGGCAUAUACCUUGUAGGAACCAUGCGAAAUAUCA